AUGGCAAUUCUCGGCAAACUCCCAACGACGGACAAGCCAUGGCUCUCUCAUCUCGGUGAUUGUGUCUUGUGUGAUGGGACGAUGGAGACUCAUACUCACCUCUUUUUCCAAUGCCGAUAUAGUAGACGGUGUCUUUCCGAGAUUCGCAGAUUGGUCCGAUUUCCAUGGCCUAACCGAGAUUGGGCAAAUGACAUUGAUUGGGCAGCACGGAAAUGGAGGGGCAAGCAUAUUGUCAACCUUGCUUAUAGAGCACUGCUUGCUUCUUGUGUUUAUCAUAUUUGGAGGGAGAGGAACCUGAGGCGAUUCGAGCAUGAAGAAAGAACAUCGACUACUUUGGCUUUCUUGAUUGUUAACGAUGUUAAGCAGAAGAUUCUUAGCAUUAAUUUAGCUUGUUCAGUUAGCACAUGUGCCUUAUACAGACUAUGGCGUAUCCCGUGGUCUGUAACGGGAGAAACCAACUGA